AGUUACACUGAGGGACGUGAAGGCAAGAAGAUUCACCUUGCCACUGCCACAAGAAGUUUGUGAAUAUUUGCACUAAAAAAUGGUAAUCAGAGCAUCCUGAGAUUCCAAACAAUGUCUGGACUAUCUGGAAGAAGAAAACGGAAAUGGGAUGUGCCUGCAGAACAUGUUGAAAAGAAUGAGAACAGUAAUGCGUCUGAAGCUGCAAUGAAAGCCAGAGAAAGAGCUGCAGAGCUUGCUGCUAAGCUUGCAGCCAAGGGGAAGCUAGCACAGGGGGUAGCCCCACCUCCUGUUAUUGCGCCAGCUGCUGUUAAGCCUCCUAUGGGGACCACUGGACCUCCAAUUCCUAGUAUUUCUGCAAAACUUGAAAUAGCUGAUCCAGAAAUUGUCAAACUUGAAGGUGGAGGUUACAUGGUUGAGCUUGAAAUAAAUGAUCUUCCUGCCCGGGCUAAUCUUACCAAGAAAAAUAUCCAAGAAAAGAUUUCCCAGCAAAGUGGGGCUGCCAUAUCAACAAAAGGCCGUUUUGUUCCCCCAGAAGGAAAGGAUCUUUUGAAAGGGGAAAGACCAUUGUAUUUAAAUAUACAAGCUCCAAUUCAAGCAAAAGUACAAGUUGCUAUUCACAUGAUAAAGGAUGCUAUAAGGAAUUUUGGAAAGCCAGAGCAACCUGGGAUUUCAUUUAAUGGAGCCCAAAACCAAAACCUGAAUUAUGUGCAAGAUAAAGUUUUUGUUGGAUUAGAUUUUGCACCUCCAGAUUACAACAUUAAAGAAAAACUUGAAGGACAGAAUGGGUCAUAUCUACAACACAUAAUGACACAAACUGGUGCAAAGGUUCAUCUCCGAGGUAAAGGGUCAGGAUUUGUGGAGCCAAAUUCUGGCAGAGAGUCUUUUGAAGCCUUGCACAUUUAUAUAAGUCACCCAAGACCAGAAGGACUUCAAGCAGCAAAGUCAUUGUGUGAGAGUCUUCUCCAAACUGUUCAUAGUGAUUUUAAAAAUUGGAAUCAAACAAAGCGCCAAAGACCGGUUUAUCCCACCCAAGGCUAUGGUCAGCCAGCAUAUCAACCCCCACCUACGAUGUACCCUGGUUUUAACGUCCCUCUACCAAAUUACGACCAGAGGGGAAAUAUUGCACCGCCAAAUGUGGCACCGUCUACAGCAUAUUCGCAAGCACCCCCACCUAGUUCAUAUCAACCCCCUGACUAUGCUCAGCCUACGCAGUUCCCAAGGGAACCUCCGCCUUACCACCCUGCGUAUCAACCACCAUACUCACAAUCGCAACCAAAAGAGUGCAUAACAGGAUACCCUAACGUGUCACAAAGUGCCUUUUCGAUGCCUCCAGGAUACCUACCAGGAACUAUUCCUCCGCAUAUCCCAAUACCUCCUCAGCCAUCUCAACCUUCGCACCAAGAAAGCCAGAAAAGUGAUCAAGAAGCCACCGCACCCAGACCCGAACGGCGAAGGCGUCGAUUCACUGAGGAUCCAGAACUGAUUCGUAAAGCUUCACAAUCGAAAGAAACCACGGAAAGCACUUCUCACAGUUUAGAUUCAAAUACCAAAUUUAGGUCAUCUGGAGAACCGACCGAAGAUGCGUCGCGUAAUCGCAGUCGUGAUUCGCACUCGCAACUUUCUAGUGACGUGCCAAGAGUUUCGAGGUCGUCGCAUUCUCGAGACAGCGCACUUUUGGAAAGUGAAAAAUCAUUCAUAAAGCCAACUACUCUGUCGUCGGUUGCAGCAAAGAAGACGAAGAAGAAAACCUCAUCAAAGACGGUAUUAUCGUCGUUAAUCGCUUAUGACGACUCAGACUCUGAUAGUGAAGAAUAAACUUUAGAGAAAGGGAAAGAUUUCAAUAUUUUAGUUAAAGUAGCGUUAAAACGUAAAUAACGUGCCUAUGGUAGUAUGUAUAUGACUGCAUAUGCCUGUUAAAACUUUAUGUAAAUGUAACUGAAACGGGUACAAAUACUAAUUCCUUCCUCUGGACGUGUCUGCAUUCAAGGUUUUAAAGUUUUUCUAGCAAUGGCGAUCUAUUACAUAAGGCCAUGUGACGCUUUAAUCACUUUUCGCAAUUGUUAAGCUAUUUAGUUGCUGCCAAAUGUUCUGCACUUCUACGUCACGCGGAAGCCAAUGCUUGUUCGCUACAAUGUGAUUGUCAUAAGGCUUGUCGUAAGUCCUAUACUCUUGCGCUCGGGCGACUGUUUCUGCGUGUGUCAACGUGUGCCAAUGACUGCUUCAGCAUUAUGGGUGCAAUAAAACAUACAUUGCUUUAGUUAAAAGGUUUAACUGUGUCACAUCUCACCAACAAAACUUCUUCCAUAAGCGGACUUAAACUUAAUGUUAUGAGUUUUCUAGAAAAACGUAAUUGUAUUGUUUCAACUGUAAUAUUUACUGUAAAUCGUUCACCUUGAUAUCCAAAUGACAACACCAGUGACUUAGAUCUAUUUUCAUUAGCCUAUAUUCAAGUAAGCUGAUCCCUCUUGAUUGUAAACCUUUGAUUUCGUUUCUGUACUUCAAGGUUUCAUUCAAUUUUUUAUGUAAAGAAAAUGCUGUUGUAAGUAAGCAUGCUUGGAUGAUAUUAUGCUGCUCGUAGUCACAAAUGAUCCAGUUACUCUCAAAUUUAAAUCCGUGGCGUUUUCAUGGAAGAUUGCUAUCUUUUGUAUGCAUAGUAUCUAGCGUGUGAGUAAAACUGUAGAGCAAAAACGCCUUAAAAAGAUACAUUUUUGUACUGUUCAUUUUUGGAUACGAUCUUUCACCUGA